CUAGUAAAUAAAUAAAACAAAAGACUUUGAAUAUUUCAUAAAAAAGCGUCAUAAAAAGUAUCGUAAAUAAGUCAUGUGACUGUGAUUACAGUUUACAAAAACUGGCUCGUAAAACGGACGCGGGGCGGUGUCGGCACUCGGCAGAUGUACACAGAGGCACGAUAGGUGUCCCCUUACUAUUGAUAUCACGCUCACCGUCUCAAUCCUUUGUAUAUAAACACGGGCCAGCCAGAUCCAACGUAUUCAAAAGUGUUACCUUCAAGUAACACGUCUUCCCGCACUAAGGUUUACGUUAUUUUUGAUGAAACAUCAGCGACAAUGAUUUUUUUUAUACUUUGCCUGAACAUAUUGACGUGGUCACUUAUUACAUGUGAACCGCCUGUGAACAGCUACCUACCUCCUUCAAGAAAUAGCAAUGGCAGACCGUCGUCACAAUACGGGUCUCCGGGCAGGAAUGGAGGCGGUAAUGGUGGGCCCGGAGGAAACCAAUCCGGACGGCAACAAGACCCUCAAACCAGCUACUUACCUCCAGGAGGUCGGUCAGGGAAUAUAGAUACUCAAUAUGGAGCGCCUUCCUCACAGGGUUUUGAUCAGAAAUCUGGACAGCGAGGUUUUGGGGGUCAAUCUGGGGCACCAGAUUCGCAAUAUGGAAGCCCUAGCCAAGGCGGCCUCAGAUCUCGUGGUCAGGGUUUUGGACAGAGACCUGAGACCUCCUACGGCCCACCAGCUAAUGGGUUUCACUCAGGAGGAUCUGGCGAUAAUGGGGAUCAAGGCCUGAAUGCUUAUACCCAAGGGAAUGGACAGAGUGGGUCUAACGGCGGCAGCUUUGGAUCCCCAUCAGCAACUUAUGGAGCACCUCGUUUUGGCAAUGGAGGUAAUGGAAGAGACAACGGCGGUGGACAAGGGGGAUCAGGCUAUGAAGGAGAAGAUUCUGAUGGGCCAGCUAAAUACGAGUUUAGUUAUGACGUGGACGACUCGCAGACAGGUACUAAAUUUGGUCAUUCAGAACAGCGCGAUGGCGACCUGGCCACAGGGGAGUAUAACGUAGUACUGCCAGAUGGCAGGAAGCAGGUGGUCGAGUACGAGGCCGGCUUGGAUGGAUACAAGCCUCAGAUACGAUACGAGGGCGGUGGAAACGGUGGUGGAUCGGCUUUCGGUUCAGGUUUUGGUAGUGGCCAAGGUGGUGGUCAAGGGUACUUCCAAGGUGGACCAGGAGGUGACGGCGAUCACGGCUUUUCUGGACCAGGUCAAGGACGGUCAGGAACUCCAAGCCGGUACCAAGAAGCAUCUUCCUUUUCUCAAGCGGACAACGGGGACAUGGGAUAUUCCAGCGACCGAGCAGGGAGCCAGGGAAGUGGCAAUGCGUCAGGAAAAGGUUACCCGGAAUCUAAUAAUUCACGAAAUGGUGGCAGUCAAGGGUACCCUAGAGGGGGGCCGCAAGGAGGUAGAAGUUACCCAGGAGGUUCACAAAGUCAAAGGGGUUUCCAAGGCAACGGUCGAGGGGGUACCGGAAAUGGCGAGGGCUAUCCCAGUGGUGGUCCCAGCGGCCCCAGAGGUUCAGGAUACUAAAUUAAAUAGAGAAUCGUUCCGAUAACUGACACAAUAUAUGACUAUGGAUAAAAUAGUGUAAUUUUGUAUUCAUAUUAAACUUUGUAAAUACGUA